AUGAAGGAAAAUAACAAACGAACUUUGCAAAGAGUCUUUCUCUGGCUCGGAGUUUUGUUCAUAUUAUGGCACACGUUAUCAUUCCUCUUCUCAGGCGGAUCGCCAAACCCUAGCCAGUCAGAGCUUGAGGAGUCCGCAAACUUGGUCAAGACACCUGGAGAUGCGCAACGAGCCGCGGCAAUUAUUGAUGCUUUUCGCUUCUCAUGGGACAAAUACGAAAAGUACGCGGCGCCUCAUGAUACGUUGUUACCAGUCAGUAAGACGUAUGAGGAUGAUCGAAAUGGCUGGGGUGCAACAGCUGUGGAUGGUCUAAGCACAGCCAUCCUCAUGGAAGAGGCUGUCAUCGUGAAUAAGAUCCUGGAACAGAUCGCGGCAACCGACUUUACUGUUACUGUAGUACCUAAUCAGCCUAUCUCACUAUUCGAAACCAUAAUUCGUUACCUCGGAGGGUUACUAUCAGCCUACGACCUGCUAUCAAGCUCGCACAAACAUCUUGUCAGAGAUCAUAUGCAGAGAAAGAACCUGUUGAAAGUAGCAGUGAUUCUUGCAGACCGACUCAGUAUCGCCUUUGACACGCCCAGUGGCAUCCCCGACGAUGAAGUCAUCUUUAAUCCGAAUCCUCGCCGCUAUGGCAAUACAGACAACUCCAUCACCGCCUUCGGUACGCUGGUUCUUGAAUGGACUCGCCUGAGUGACCUCAUGGGUAAUAAAACAUAUGCUGCCCUUGCCCAGCAUGCUCAAGACCAUCUGAUCCACCCAAAGACUAACCAGCCUUUCACGCUUCCUGGUCUCGUCGGCACAUUCGUCAAACUCAGAGAUGGCUGGUUUGGUGACUAUCAGGCCGGCUGGGGUGGCGGUUCUGAUAGCUACUAUGAGUACCUCAUCAAGAUGUACGCGUAUGAUCCUGUUCAGUUCGUCGAGUACGGUGAUAGCUGGAUUCAGGCCGCUGAGUCGUCGAUGAAGUACCUGGCUUCUUCACCUUCCACACGUCCUGAGUUGACUUUUCUGGGAGAACUUCGCGGAAGUGCACUUGUUCCCAUGUCGAGUCACUUGGCUAGCGUUUGUGGAGGCUCUCUGAUCCUUGGUGGUCUUCUUCUCCAGAAUCAAACCUUUGUUGACUUUGGUCUCAAACUUUCUGAAUCAUACUUUGAAACCUACCGUCAAACCCCUGCUGGCAUAGCCCCCGAAACCUUUCGCUGGAUUGACAACGGCAACAACCCUCUAGUCGAGCCGCACGCCAAUCGUCCACCUCCCCCAAAGUGGCAAUCGUUCUACGAAAAGAGCGGCUUUUUUCACACCAACCCAGAGUACAUCCUUCGUCCCGAGACAAUAGAAAGCUUGUAUUAUGCCUAUCGAGCCACUGGAGACAAGAAAUGGCAGGACAUGGCGUGGGAGGCGUUCGAGUCGCUGAACAAGAUGAGCAAGGUUGAGGGUGGAUACACGGGGCUGAGAAGUGUAAUGAAGAGCGCAGAUGACAAGACCAGGGGGUUUGUGGAUAAGAUGGAGAGUUUUUGGCUGGCCGAAACCUUGAAAUAUUUGUACCUGAUGUUUGCUGAGGACUUGGAUGUCCAGGUGAGAAGCGAUGGUAAGAUGCGGUGGGUGCUCAACACGGAGGCACACCCGCUCUUGAUACGGGGCCAGUAG